GGUGCGAAUCGCCCAUCUCCUCAACCCACCUCUUGGUGCCAUGUAAGCCAUGUAAACCAUGUAAACCAUGUAAGCCCAUGUAAACCCAUGUAAACCCAUGUACGUGCCGUCGGCUUGGUCUGAUCCAGCAGGUUGGUUGGCUUGCGGGUGGUUACGUUUCUAUUUUUCUCUUUUCCCUUUUUCCCUCUCAGUCUCAGAUCCGGGGCUCCAUCUUCUCUCACCGUUAGGGUGUCUUUUUGGUUUAGGUUUAGGGGACCCCCUCUUUCUCAUCUCUCAGGUUCGAUCUCCAAGUCCUUGUCAUGUACAUGGAUCUAUACUAUACAUAUACAUACACAUAUACAUAUACCUACAGACAUACAUAUAUACCUACAUAACUACUACAUACGUACAUACGUACAUACGUACAUACAUGAUACCUACAUACUUGCAGCAUGUUAUACCAUACCGUACAGGUGCGCGUACAUAUCAAAAGCAGAGAGAAAGAGACAGGCAUCGUCGUCGUAGCAGCAAAGCAGUAUGCACGUACGUGGGGAGGUAUCAUUAUUGACCCUUUUCUGGUCGUCUAAAAAACCGCCUUUUUUCCAUACCGUACCGACCUUUCGAUGUUUUGAUUGAGUUGCUGCUGCAUUAGUGGCCGAAGAGGAAGGGGAAUCUUGGGAGCUCAGUAUCUCUCUCGUUCUCACUUUCUUUACUCUCACGUCGAGGGCCUCUCCUUUUUUUGUUUUUUUUUGUUUUUUUGACCUUCCCCCUCUAGACAACAAUCCAGACACAUCCCUUCUUUAUGGUGCUCCGGGUUAAGUAUCGAAAGGGAGAAGACGUGAAUGGUAGACCGGUCUCUGGCUUUUCCCUAGUGGGUGACAUCUCUUAUUAUUUC